CUUCGAUUCUAAAUGUGCUAUGAGUAAAGGCAUUGUCAAAUCAAUAAUACAUGUGGCCUCUUUAGAACUAUCUCAUUCACUUUGCACUACCAAUAUAUUUUCAGAUUUAAUGUCAACUUAUCAUCAAGAUUUAAAAAUUGCGUUCAACAACAACAUGCUCUAGUGAAAGGAUCAAGUCAUUCGUAAUACGUUCCCAUGCUGCCAACUUUGAGGAAAAUUUGGUCCAUUUUGGGGAAGCCGCUAUAGUAAAUUUUAGGGAAAUGAGACUAAAAACUCAAAAUUUCCCCAGACCUGAGGAAAUCCCCAAAAUUUCCUCAAAGCUGGCAGCUUGGGUUAUUAUGAGAAUAUUGUUUAUAUAUUUCUUAUUGUUCAUUGAACGGUUGUUAUGACAAUAAAGCUCAAGAAAUAUUUAAAUAACAAUAAUAUCUUGGUUUUGGUGGAUUUAUGUACUUAGAUUCGCUUACUCCGACAGAGUAGCAAAAGAAUUUACGAGGACACUCCAAAAAAGUUCAUAAGCCGAGAACAAAUUACUUGUCAGCUGACUAUCGACUUUCCCAUCGAAUCAUCAACGAGUGGAAUUCACUACCUCAGCACGUGGUUGAGGCUCCAUCCGUCGGCUCUUUCAAAAGAAAGUCGGAUCAACUGAGAGACCACCAUUGCCAGGACUAACAUAGGCCAUCGAGCCUCCUGUCCUUCCCAAACUGAAACUGAAGCUGAAACUGAUAAAACUAUAAAUUACUCAGCAGCCUAUUCACCUACAAUUUAACAACAUUUCCUAAACAGGAUCAAAAGCAUCAGUCUUGAUUUUGUUUCAUUUUUCGUUACACAAAUGGUUCAAGUAUUUUGUCACAAAAAUCUAUAUCCAUUUUAUAGGUAUCACAAAUCAACGCUUAUUAUUCAUUGAAAAAUAAAGCGGAUAAUUUUAACUUACUUUGUAUUGUGGAAUCUAUCAUUGGUGGUCUUAUGCUUGAACAACCUAAUAAUCCUAUUGAAUAUAUUAAAAAUCGUUUAAUUGAUACAAAACGUAUACAAGAACAUGUUAAACUACAUAAAGAAUUAUAUAUUUGGCCACAUCAUCCAAUAUUAGAUUCAUCCAAAUCACUUACAACUAAUGAACAUCAUAAAUUUCUUCAAAAUUGUUUCUAUCAUCGUAUAAAACGUUUACAAGAAGAUAAAUUGUUUCUUGAAAAUGAAUCUAAACCUAUUGAAACUACAAAUCCAUUAUUUUCAUUAACAGAACUUGAUUUAAAUCCAUAGAGGAUUUGAUUCAAUGCAACAUUAUACUAUAAGAUUGCUAAAAAGAUAUAAUAGACACAUAUGUAAUCUAUUCUAUGAGAAGCUUUUUAAGUUUUGUUUUAUGUCUUUUGACAAAUCAUUAGUUGUAUAGUACUAUGUAAUUUAGUAAUUUAGUUUCUGAAAUAUACACUUAUUGUUUG